UUUUGGUCAAACCAACAUGCAGCCGCCAAAGAGGAGAUUUAUAAUCUCACAAGCAAACAAGCAAUUUGAUUGAUUGACCAACUCAACAACACAUGUCCGAGCAAGCCAUAAAGUUCAGGGAAAAAACAUUUGAAAGGUCGAAAAAUAAUAAGAAAGAAAAGUCCGCUAACAAUCUUUUUAUUCUGUGAAUAAUUUCAUCAUGUGAUAUAUUUCUUUUCUAUAACCACCAGCGUAAUAUAAUAUAAUGGUCCAAAGAGGAAUGUCAUAAGCCGUUCUUGUAUGUUGGUUGCUCAUACUCCAAAUAUGAUCUCACCCUUUCUUCUUCCGCUUCUUCUCCUUUCGCUAUCCCUUUUUAUCUGUACAUUUUCAGGAACCACAACUCUUCUCCAAGGUCAGUCACUCACAGAUGAUGGCCAAACUCUAAUCUCCCCAGCCAAAAUCUUCGAACUUGGCUUCUUCUCUCCACAAGGUAGCUCCGGCCGCCGAUACCUUGGCAUCUACUACCACAACAUCCCAACGCAAUCCAUCGUCUGGAUUGCGAACAGGGACAACCCAUUGCUAGAUUCUUCGGGCAUCCUCAGCUUGGGAGCCAAUGGAAAUCUCUCCCUCCUCGACCGUGCCGCGGGAAACUCUCUCUGGUCUACCGACACCUCCACAACAUCAAACAACUCUUUGUCACUUAUGCUUCUUGACAGUGGAAGACUAGUUCUUCAGCUGGCCAAUGAAACAAUAAUUUGGGACAGCUUUGACCACCCAUCAGACACAUUCCUCCCAGGUAUGAAACUCUUAUUCAACAAAAAGACCGAGAGUAGAAUUCUCUUCAGAUCAUGGAGAAGCGCUGACGAUCCCUCAACCGGAAACUACUCGCUCGGGCUUGAUUCCUCGGGGCAAAUCUUUAUAUGGGAGGGAGACAGUCGGCCACGGUGGCGGUCAGGCCAGUGGGACGGCACCAAGUUCAUCGGCACCACAAUGAGGCCACUGUACCUCUAUGGGUUUCAUCUGACAAAUGAUGUCGACAAUGGUUUGAUUUACUUCACCUAUACUGAAUUCAACGGCUCCUUAAUCAGAUUUGUGCUACAGUGGGAUGGAGUGGAGAACACUUCCAUGUUGGUGAUGAAAACCAAGCAGUGGGAAUCAGUUUGGGUGCAACCAGUGAAUGAUUGUGAGAUUUAUGGUAAGUGCGGCGAAUUCAGCAUCUGCAGUCAGAGUUCCACGCCAAUUUGUACAUGUUUGAAAGGAUUUGAGCCAAAGAAUGGCGACGAGUGGGGGAAUGGGAAUUGGAGUGGUGGAUGUGUUAGGAGAACUGAGCUGGGUUGUGAAAUGAAUGGUAGUAGAGAUGGAGAAGAUGGAUUCUUUAAAGUGGAAGGGGUUAAGGUUCCAGAUCUCUCUGAUUGGGCUUCAACAGUUAGAAAUAACGAGGAUUGUGAGAGCUAUUGCCAGAGUAAUUGUUCUUGCAAGGCUUAUGCGUAUAUUCUAGGAAUUGGUUGCUUUACAUGGGAUCGCAGAAUUAUCGACGUUUAUGAGUUUGCUGAAGGUGAUAACAUCAACGGAAAUGACCUCUACAUCAAGCUUGCAGCGUCGGAAUUGGGAAAUAAAUGCAAGAUAUGGAGAAUAAUUGCGAUUGUAUGCGCCUUGGCUAUAUUCUUUGCAGUUGCAUUUGCCGUCAUUUUAUGCAAAUAUCAUGUCAUGCUAAGAGAUUGGUGGAAAAAGCACAGGAUGAGAGAGGUUUCCUUUGAUGGUUUGGCAUCGAAGAGAGCAGGCAUAACAGAGUCAUCAGGACUAAGUGGAAGUGUAGACGAGGGGCUCGAAGCAAAUGGUAUAGAACUGCCACUGUAUAGCUUUGAUUCAAUAGCCACCGCCACGAAUAAUUUUAAUAAUUCAAAUAAACUUGGAGAAGGGGGAUUUGGCCAUGUUUAUAAGGGAGUGCUACCAGAUGGAAAAGACAUUGCUGUCAAAAGGCUGUCCAGAAGUUCAGGGCAAGGUCAACAAGAAUUCAAGAAUGAAAUGACACUAAUAGCUAAGUUGCAGCACAGGAAUUUAGUCAGGCUUCUAGGUUGCUGCAUCCAAGGAGAGGAAAAUAUGUUGAUUUAUGAAUACAUGCCUAAUAAAAGCUUGGAUGCCUUUAUUUUUGUUCCAGACAAGCAAGGAUUACUAGGAUGGAGCAAAAGGUUUGAAAUCAUAGAAGGGGUUGCUAGAGGACUUGUUUACCUUCACCAGGACUCAAGGCUACGAAUAAUUCACCGGGAUCUUAAAGCCAGCAACAUUUUACUAGAUGAGAGUAUGAACCCCAAAAUAUCAGACUUUGGCAUGGCAAGGAUCUUCGGAAAUGAUCAGAAUCAUGAUAAUACAGAACGAGUGGUUGGGACUUUCGGCUAUAUGGCUCCUGAGUAUGGGAUGGAAGGGCUCUUCUCCGUGAAGUCCGAUGUCUAUAGCUUUGGGAUAUUAGUCCUGGAGAUUGUUUCAGGUAGGAGGAACAACAGCUUUCACCGCAUGGGAAACUCAAUAAUAAACAUUGUAGGAUAUGCAUGGCAGUUGUGGAAUGAGGACCGAGCUAUGGAGCUUAUUGAUUCUUCAAUACUUGAAACAUGCUCUACUCGUCAGGUGAUGAGAUGCAUACAUGUUGGCUUACUGUGUGUCCAAGAUCGAGCAAAUGAUAGGCCUGACAUGCCUUCAGUGCUUCUCAUGCUUGGGAGUAUGAUGAACAAUCUUCCAACACCGAAGCAGCCAACCUACAUAUCACAAGGAAAUCAGUUUGACACAAAAGAAUAUGGAAAUGAAUCAUUUUUUUCAAAUGAUACGACCAUAACAGUGCUCACUGGAAGAUAACAGUUUUUGGCCCUUGUUUUAUUUUGAUUAACAAGUUUUGCACAUACAGAUGGAAAGUUCAUUGUUAUUAUAAUUACACAAGCAAAAUGUAUGUUUACUGUUGACAUAGAAACAGUUUAGCUCAUUUGCUGCGCUUAAAGCAACUUGUGAAGUCAUUGAAGGUCCUAUUCCAGUUUUCAAGAC